AUUCCAAACAAAAGAAACAUGGUUCUGACAGACAGAAAUAAGAGUGGGGCCACCUUCACCCUCUUGGGCUUCUCAGAUUAUCCAGAACUGCAGGUCCCCCUCUUCUUGGUUUUCCUGGCUAUCUACAGUGUCACAGUGGUAGGGAAUGUUGGGAUGAUUGCCAUAAUCAAAAUUAAUCCCAAACUUCACACCCCCAUGUACUUUUUCCUCAGCCACCUCUCUUUUGUGGAUUUCUGCUAUUCCUCCACUGUUGCUCCAAAUAUGCUGGUGAACCUAGCUGCAAAAGACAGAAGCAUCUCCUUUUCAGGAUGUGUGGUUCAAUUUUUUUUCUUUUGUACCUUUGUGGUAACUGAGUCCUUUCUGCUAGCAGUGAUGGCCUAUGACCGUUUUGUGGCCAUCUGUAACCCUCUGCUCUACACAGUGGCCAUGUCCCAGAAACUCUGUGCUGUGCUGGUGGCUGGAUCCUAUGCAUGGGGGGUGGCCUGUUCCCUGAUACUAACGUGCUCUGCUCUACAGCUGUCCUUCCAUGGCUCCAACACCAUUGACCACUUCUUCUGUGAGUUCUCCUCCCUGCUCUCCCUCUCAUGCUCAGAUCCCCACACCAACUAUUUGCUGCUCUUCAUUUUUGCCACAUUUAAUGAAGUCAGCACACUGUUCAUCAUCCUCACAUCUUACAUGUUCAUAGUUGUUACCAUCCUCAGGAUGCGAUCAGCCAGUGGGCGGCACAAGGCCUUCUCCACCUGUGCCUCUCACCUGACUGCCAUCUCCAUCUUCCAUGGCACCAUCCUGUUCCUCUACUGUGUGCCCAACUCCAAGAAUUCCAGGCACACGGUCAAAGUGGCCUCUGUGUUUUACACAGUGGUGAUCCCCAUGUUGAACCCCCUCAUCUACAGUCUGAGAAAUAAGGAUGUCAAGGAUACCGUCAGCAAAGUAUUGGGCAGUAAAGUCUCUUCUUUUUGA